UAGAAGGCGUGACGUGAGGUCAAGAGCGGGCUCAGAGGCGGGCACCUCUCGACAAUCGCGGUGGCUGCAGCUGCCGGGCCUAGGGACGCGGGCGGCCUGGGCCGCGGACGCUGCCUCCUCGUCUCCCCGGCCAUGGCCGCACUCGGCCGGCCCUUCAGCGGCCUCCCCCUGAGCGGCGGCUCGGACUUCCUGCAGCCGCCGCCGCCACCAGCCUUCUCCGGCCGGGCCUUCCCGCCGGGGACGGACGGUGCCGAGUUGGCCCCGCGGCCGGGACCCCGAGUUUCUCCGAAUAGCCCGGGCGGGAGCCCGGCGCGCGGACGUGGUUCCGUCCCCUGCAAAAAGAAGCACAAGCUAGAGCAGGAAGAUGAUGAUUGCCCAGUAAGAAAGAAAAGGCUAACUGAAGCAGGGCUCUGUGCUGGUCCUAAUGACUGGAUUCUUUGUGCACAUCAGGAUAUAGAGGGUCAUGGAGUAAAUCCAUGCACUAGUGGCCUUUCUGCACCUGGCAUGUUAGAUGUUAUUUGUGAAGAAAUGGAUCAGACAACUGGAGAACCGCAGUGCGAAGUUGCCAGAAGGAGGCUUCAGGAAAUUGAGGACAGAAUAAUUGACGAAGAUGAAGAAGUUGAAGCUGACAGAAAUAUUAACCAUCUCCCCAGUCUUGUCCUUUCCGAUGCUAUGAAAACAGGUUUGAAGAGGGAAUUUGAUGAAGUCUUUACAAAGAAAAUGAUUGAGUCCAUGAGCCGUCCUUCCAUGGAGCUCGUGCUCUGGAAACCUCUCCCUGAACUCCUUUCUGAUAAGCCAAAGCCGUCAUCUAAUGCUAAGAGCUACACAAGAGAGAGCCAAGCUAAGCAUGCCUCUGCUGACACCACCUUCCCUAGGAGAACUGAACUGUUCUUGGAGCCUCGGCAAACAGGGCUGCCUAUUUACAAUAGUUUGGAGACAGCUGCUUGCACAGAAGAAGAGAUGGAACUCUAGAAAUGUGUUUCUAUACUAAAGUUGUCAAAUUUUAGAAGGCUCAUGUGUUUAUUCGUGAGCCUACUUACAUAGUAUAGGGACUUGAAAGUUAUGAAACGGGUGUAAGAAUAUCUCCACCUGUGGUUUGGGGUGGGACUCUCAUUUUGGGUAGCCAUUUCUUAAAUUCAACUUUUUGCCAAGGAAUAUUGCCUCCAGGGAAAAGCUAUUUUCUAGAGGUAUUGUUUUUGUGAGGUUACAGUCUGCACAGGCAAGUAUAGACACUCCAUGUGGAAGGGUGACUUAAAUCAUCUGUCACAUUGUUCAGAAACUUGGAGAAAACUGAGACUCUUGAGUUGAAAAAAGAUGCAUUAAGAAAGAAGGGUACUGCUACUACAACUGAACCCUGACAGUUGAAUUCCAGCUUCAUCUGUAGAUAUGAACUCUGUUUACAGUGGUGACUGUGAUUGGGGAGAAGGAGGGAAGAAAGCAGUAGCUUAAGCCUAUUGCUAAGAAAUUUAAUAGAGGCUCUGAAACUUGUACAGUAGUUGUCAGUUCAAUGUAGCUAAAUUGAUUAAAUAGCCCGUAGCAUUGUGGCUCACCUCUCUGCCUCUGAAAAUGCAAUGAAAAUACAAAGAAAAGGUUUUUCCUUUGAGGCUUUUUUGCUCUGUGUUACUGUAGUUCCUUGGAUUCCCUUGCAUAAUUGAUAAAAGGAAUUAUUCAGAAAUGUUUACAACUUAAUUAACUUUGAUAAUUGAAAAGGUUUUGAGGUAACCCAUGUGCAAAUUGGCUAUGGGAGAAGCAUCUCUUGGGUAAUCCUGAGGAAGUGCUGUGUCAGCUAAGCCCAGUAUUGAUAACGUCAGUAGUUAAAAAAAGGUUGUACCUGUGUGAGCAAGUUGAGUUUUAAAUGUUAAUUUAGAAAACAAUGACUGGAUAAUUAACUGAGAACAUACGGGCAGGCCAUGUUGAGAUUUACUGAAAUAGCCAGUUUGCCUGGUGCUUCAGCUAUUAUGCAGGAGCCUAAAGGUUGGUAGAGAGUAGCUUCCUGCGAGCAGGAAGUGUUCAGAUUUCAGGCGUAAACCAGCUCAAGGUGUCCUUUGGGGAUAACCAAGGUUGAAGUGUUUUAUUUCUCAGGAAGAACUUUACUGUGUGGCAAGGACUCAGUAGUGCAAAGUGAAAUGACAAUUCCUUUAAUGCUACAGAAUAUUCACUAUAACUUAUUAAAUGAGUGUAAUAGUGUAAUAUUGGCCCUUUCCUCACAUAACAGGAGACCACCCUAGUUCUUUUUGUUUUCUGGUUUUCUUCUCCCUUUGUAGGAAUCAGAUACCUUGUAUAGAAAAAAAAUGAUUUAUACCAAGUAUAGAGGUAACUUUUUAGAAACUAGCUCCCAGGCGUUUUGAAACACAUGCUGAAAUCCUUCCCCUUGUUACAGAUGGUGUAGAAGUCACAAGUCUGUUUAUUGGACUGUUUCUUCUCUUGCCUUUUGUUCCUGCUCUCUCUAUUUCUGUCUGGACAGUCAGGAAAAGAUUUAAUGUUUAAUAUUUAAACAAAGUAUUUAAUGUCUACACAAUAAAAUUAUUCAAACUUCAAACCAGUAUUUAAACCAGUUGGAAACCAGCUAAUAGUUUCUUAAUCUCAGAUUUAGAGAUGAAUGUAAACUGUAUUCUGUUGAAAUCUGCAAGUGUCUGGUUCAUGCCAUUUGAAAAACUCCUGCCUUUAGGUCAUUGUUUAAUGGGACCAACUUGUAAAGUUUGUAGCCUUAAAGAAAUCUCCAUGUUAAAAAAUUUGUUCUGUUACAACCCAAAAACAUGAAGCAACUCCCGGAAUUUGGAGUUAGUCCCAGUGUUAGGGUGGAAGGGGAGGAGACCGCUUUCCCAAGGAGCCCCCAACACACGAUUGUCUUCUAUAGGAAUUGUUGGGCAGGCCUUUGAUCAAAGGUCUGUGUAAUGAAAAGGAGGAAAGAAGAGCCCCAAACAGGGCUCUGAUACCAUGGGCAAAUACAGGAGAGAAUUAAGAUUCUGUUUGUUAAAAUCUAAACAGAACUUGUUUCAGGAGUCAGGCUAUCUGACAUGACAAUUAUUUCUGCAGGAAAAUGGAUGUUUAAUGCUCCUUUUUAAACUUCUUGCAUACGUUUGUACUAAAAUUGUCUUCAUCCUUGUGGUGCUUAUUCAUCUGAGCCGUCUCCACAGCCCCCAUGCUUCUGUUUUGUUUUUUCGUUUUAUAGCGUAAGACUUUUGCUUUUGCCUUAAGGUUUCCCUAGGGGAAUAAUGUCUUUUCAUUUUGUACAGCUUUUACAGCAUGGAUCAAACAUUGGCUUUCUAUGCUAAUGUAUGAAGAGGAAAAAUUAUCUAAAGCAGGUGAGCUUUAAUGAACAAAUGUAUAUUUUCUCUGAGUUUGAAUAGGGUGUGUGGAUUUUUUAAAAAGAAAACAUUAAUAGGAAGAAAGUCCAGUUCUCACAAAUAUUAAUCAGUCAAAUAAAAAAACCCUCAUUCUUGAAAAGGUGCAAAUGUAAAAUUUAGGAAAGGAACUAGAACCAUGAGAAGAAUGUUUACCAGCAAGUUCAUUAAUUAUUUUAGAUUUGGAACUUGGUUUUGUCUUUUAAUAGUGAUAAGAAUGGUGCAGUACUAGGAAAGUUCUGGAAAAUGCUGUCAAUUUUGCUUUAAAACGAGAAUCUGGUGUUUCUGUAUUUGUUUUCAAUAAAACUUCAUAAGUGUUUUGGA